UUUCUUCGCUGUUUUCAGAACAUGAUUCGUCCCCAUGUGGAGCUGAGCGACUUCAAACAUGAGAGACGUUCAGGAAGCUACCCAAACUCAAUCAUCAUCGUCGUCGACACAAUAUCUGACGAGAUUCAAGUUUCUCCAAGCGUUCGCGUAGAUAUAAGCCUCCCUAGUUUCUUAGGUCGUCACCACAUCCGAAGGCUCAUCCAAGAUCAACUCAUCAACCGCCUUUGGUUAUCCCCGAAGAUCUCAAGGACUGCAACCAAGUUAGGGUUUAGCCGCAGAGAGGUUCUCCAGGAUCAAUUCGCUAGCCACCGUUGGUUGUCUGAUAGAUUAGCCCCAGAGAUCUCAGAGAUUGCAGCAACGUUAGGUUUUGGUUGUAACGGUUUAAUUGUGACCAUCACUGUCAAUAUAACCCCUUCUCCAUCGAAGGAAGAGGUGUUAAGGAGGAUGGUUCAACUAGGGAAGGUGAGCAAAGAGGAGUUGAAGACUUCUAAGAUGGAAACAGAACCGUGUUCUAUUUGUCUGGAUAAUUUUGUCUCCAGUAAACAUGGUGUCUCUACACGCAUGACCUGUUCCCAUGUCUUCCAUGAAAAAUGUCUCUUGGUGUGGUUUCAACGCAAAAACACUUGCCCCUUGUGUCGGACUGUGCUGUACGAUCGAUUGAUGAUUGGGAACAAAGGGAGGGAGUAGA